CCCCGACGGUAGCGACUACUGAGCUAUGGAUGGGGCUACAACCGCUUGGCGAUGCUGCUGGUUGUGACCGCGCUGGGGUGGCGGCUGUCUCUCGCGCGGGAGGCGGCCCCGUCUGUGAAAGCGACCUACAGCUGGUCGCUGCGCAGAGCGGGCGGUAACGGGGUAGGCAAAUCCUUACGGUUCAGAAUGCGAAUGCGCUUUCCCAGGGGGAACAUCGGUGUAUCGGAGCAUCGUUUUGUAUUUGCCUAAACGGAGAGGUGUUUAGAUUUCACGGGCUCUGCGAGUUCUGACUCCCAAAAGUUAGAUGUUUAUCAACAGAUGGAAUGCAGUACUUAGGCUGAGCAGGUAACUGCUCUGUACUGCCAGCUUACCGAGGUAGAGACCAGGAAAGAGUUUACUCAACUUACAUGGGCAGAAUGAAGGUCCCAGUAAAAUACCGUGGCAGGGUUGGUGUGUUUUUUUCUGUCAAGAAAAAAUAAGUUACAGCCGCGAGUGUGGCUAUGUAAAAUGCUAACAAGACUGAGCAGUGCUUAUCAAUGUGCACACUGGGUAACGGAUCAAGACUGGGAAAGUGUUACGAGUCACAAGCCUUUACUCGUACACGCAGUUAACGCGGAUUUUUUUGACCAAGGAAUAGAAGUGGAACCCCACAUCCCCCUCGGAGCCACUUGCUGCGGACAGCCUGACCCUCCCGGAUAAAUUUAUGGCACACUGCCGCUGAAUCACCAGGACACGCUUCCCCAUACAAAUCGCGCUCCAGAGACACCUCCGAGAAGGCACGUACUGGCAGUGCCCGGCUGAGCAGCCUUGUGCAUCACGGUUCAUUGAAGUCACAGAAGUAAAGUAAGGAUGCUUUAAGAAGAUAACUAUGGAUAAAUAUAUUAAAGUGCGAAAGAUUGGAGAAGGAUCCUUUGGGAAAGCAAUUCUUGUCAAAGCUAAAGAAAAUGGUCAACAGUAUGUUAUUAAAGAAAUAAACAUCUCUAAGAUGUCAAGUAAGGAGAGAGAAGAAUCAAGAAGAGAAGUCGCUGUCUUGGCAAACAUGAAACAUCCGAACAUUGUCCUGUAUAGAGAGUCAUUUGAAGAAAAUGGCUGCCUUUACAUAGUGAUGGAUUACUGUGAGGGAGGAGACUUAUUUAAAAAAAUAAAUGCCCAGAAAGGAAUCUUAUUCCCUGAGGAUCAGAUUCUGGAUUGGUUUGUACAGAUCUGUUUAGCACUAAAACACAUACAUGAUAGAAAAAUCUUGCAUCGAGACAUAAAGUCACAGAAUAUAUUUUUAACCAAAGAUGGAACAAUACAGCUGGGAGAUUUUGGCAUCGCCAGAGUUCUUAACAGUACUGCGGAGCUGGCUCGCACUUGCAUAGGAACACCAUACUAUUUGUCUCCUGAAAUAUGUCAGAAUAAACCUUACAACAAUAAAAGUGAUAUCUGGGCCCUUGGUUGUGUUCUCUAUGAGAUGUGCACACUUAAACACGCAUUUGAAGCUGGUAACAUGAAGAACUUGGUACUGAAGAUAAUCUCUGGACCUUUUCCUCCUGUAUCUACUCAUUAUUCCUAUGACCUACGCAAUCUGCUUUCACAGUUAUUUAAGAGGAAUCCUAGGAACAGACCAUCAGUAAACUCCAUAUUGGAGAAAAACUUUAUAGCCAAAAGGGUUGAAAAGUUUCUCACACCACAGCUUAUUGCAGAAGAAUUCAGUCACAAAAUCUUCCAGAAGUUUGGACCACAUGCUGCACCAGCUAAAAGACCAGCUCAAGAACAAACCCUAUCUUCAGCUUCACCAGCUCCACCAGCUCACAAAAUUACCAAACCUGCUGCAAAAUAUGGAGUGCCUUUAGCAAUCAGGAAAUCUUGUGAUGGACAUAAAAAGCCUAACGAGAAGAAGCCAUUGGCUAAAUCUAGGCAGGCCUUUCCAACUCCAGUGAAGAAAAUAAAUCCAGGAGAAGAAAGGAGGAAAAUGUUUGAGGAACCUUUGAAAAAGAAAAGGUUAGAAGUGCCUGAAAAAGAAAAACGUCAGAGAGAUCAGAUCAGUUUACUGAAGGCAGAUGAAAUGAGAAGAUUUGAAAAAGAAAGGAUGGAGCGAAUGAACAGAGCCAGGGAACAAGGAUGGAGGAAUGUGCUUGGUUCUGGUGGAAGUGGUGAUGUUAAGGCACCAUAUUAUGGAGGUGGAGGUGGUGUCAGUCCUUUUCCUGUGUCUUCCAGAGGACAAUAUGAACACUAUCAUGCUAUUUUUGACCAAAUGCAGCAGCAAAAGGAAAAUUUUAGACUAGCCGAGGCCAAACUGAAGGCACAAGUACAAGGCCGAGAAGUUACUGAAAGAGGAAUUCCUCAUGGAAUACAUCCAGGAGCUCCUAAGGGGCCUGCAGGUCAUCACCAUUUACCUGAUGCUGGUGCAGUUAGGAAAAAAGUGAAAAGAUUGAAGGAGGUGUCUAAACAAGCCAAUGCAAACAGGCAAAAAGGAUGGAUAGCUGCAGACAGAGCCAAGCAAGUUGAAGAAGAAUUCUGGCAACGAAAGAGAGAAGCCAUGGAAAACAAAGCUCGAGCUCAGGGACACAUGGGUACACUGCAAAACGUGGCAGAUCUCUAUGGAGGCAGGCCCAUUUCUGCAAGAGGAAGGAAAUCCAGAAACAAGGAGGAAGAGGAAUAUUUGGCAAGAUUAAGACAAAUUCGGCUGCAAAACUUUAACGAACGUCAACAGAUUAGAGCAAAACUUCGUGGAGAGAAGAAUGAAGCUGCCAGUUCUGAUGGACAAGAAUCAAGUGAGGAAGCUGAACUGAAACGCAAAAAGAUAGAAGUACAGAAGGCUCAAGUAAAUGCUCGAGCUGCAGUUCUGAAAGAACAGUUAGAGCGAAAGAGAAAGGAAGCAUAUGAAAGAGAGAAGAGAGCAUGGGAAGAACAUCUGAUAGCAAAAGGGGUAAAGAAUUCUAAUGUGCCUUUUCAUGGAGGAACUACAGAACACAGUCCUGUGCAUGGACUACAAGAGCUUGAAGCAGCUCUUCCUAAGCCACUAUUUCCAGUGAAGCCCAGUACACCAGUCAUCUCCAUGACUUCUGCUUUGAAGGAAGUGGGUGUGGAUGAAAGUGUAACUACUAUCCAGGAAGCUGAAGAGGAAAUAAAGCCAGAUUUGGCAGUGCAAAAUAAACGAGAAAUACUGAGAAGGUUAAACCAAAAUCUUAAAGCUCAAGAAGAUGAGAAAGAAGAAAAGGACUGUAAAAAUAUUUCUGAAUCAGCCACGUCUGAAGACGGUAGGGAACAACAAGAAGGUGACCAUUUGCUUCUAGGAGACCGCAAAAAAUGGGAAUCUGGAGCAUCUGAAUUAGUGGUUCCUCUAGCUCAGUUAUCAAUGGAAGAUUCUCUCUCUGGAACAGACCGUCAAACUCUGGGGGAAGUAAUUAAGUUAGACAUCGGUGAACCCCACAGGAAAGUUUGGGGCAAAAGCCCUACUGAUUCAGUCCUGAAGAUCCUAGGAGAAGCAGAGUUGCAGCUGCAAACUGACCUACUUGAGGAGCUAGAUGUAAUAAAUGGUACUGCAGAACUUCUUGAGGGAGAUCAUCAUCAGUCCUCAUCAGAGGUGAAGAGAGAGAACACCUUUCCUGCUGCUGGAGCUCAGUCUUCAGUGACAGUUGGUGUCACAGAAUCUGAAAAGACUGUACCAGAAGAAUGUCAAAAAGCUGGACCUACUCCACUGGAUGAGCCUGAUGAUUUGGAAGCAGAGAUCUUGGAAGAAACACAAGAAGAAAAAAAGCACCGGAGUAAGGAAUAUCCUGUCACUGUUCAUGAAGUGUGGGUAAAAGAGAAAGAGGAUAAGGCACAACAUGACAGAGCAAAUGAGGAAGCUUCUGAGAAAGUAGUGCUUGAUGGGAUUCAGCCACAAAAGGAAUCUCCAGAAGCCACCUCUUCCCGUGACUUUGCACAACCUGAACCCUUAUUCCAGAGGGUAAUGCAGCCCACAGCUGUACCAGCAGCAUCUCCAGUUCUGUCAGCUCAGUCUUCACAGGAAGAGCCUUUUGGACCUCUUUCACGCUCCAUAUCACCAGCAAAGCAUAAAGGCAAAAGUUCAUUGUUGAUUGGACUUUCUACAGGGCUUUUUGAUGCAAACGACCCAAAGAUGUUGAGAACCUGUUCACUACCAGAUCUUAACAAACUGUACAGAACUUUAGUGGAUGUGCCCAGCAUAGCAGAUGUGCAGCAUCAAGAAAAUAUUGAAACAGAUGAUACAGAAGAUGAGCAAGCCAAAGAAGGACCCUCUGAUUCAGAGGAAAAUGUGUUUGGGGAGACAGAUACAGAUUUGCAGGAACUCCAGGCCUCAAUGGAACAAUUGCUUAGGGAGCAGCCUAGUGAGGAAUUCAGUGAAGAGGAGGAGUCUACUUUAAAGGCCAAUGCCGUCGAACGCCUAACGAAUGGUACAGAGCCGGAUGAAGGAGAUGACAAUAACCCCAGCAGUGAAAGUGCACUUAAUGAAGAGUGGCAGUCAGAUAAUAGUGAUGGAGAGAUUGCCAGUGAAUGUGAAGAAUGUGAUAGUAUCUUCAGCCAUCUGGAAGAGUUGAGAUAUAACCUGGAGCAAGAAAUAGGCUUUGAUAAAUUCAUUGAAGUUUAUGAGAAAAUAAAGGCUAUCCACGAAGAUGAAGAUGAAAAUAUUGAUAUUUGUUCAAGCAUAGUUCAGACUGUUCUUGGAAAUGAACACAAACACCUGUAUGCCAAAAUACUUCACCUAGUAAUGGCAGAUGGUGCCUACCAAGAAGAUAAUGAUGAAUAAAACUGACUCAGGAAAUUCCUUAAUGCUGUACUACACAUUGCUGCUUGAAGUCUGCACAGAUGAAUAACAAAUUGUAGUGGAGACUGUAGCGUGGGGUAGGAGAAGCCAGACUUCAAAAACAGACAGUGGAUUGCAUGAAGAAGAGGAAACCAUGCCUUUCAAGACUGAGAUACCUAUACACUUCUCUUGGAUAUACUUGCCUAUAUGUUCGCUAAAUAUUAGGUGCCCAAAAUUUUAAUAACAAAGCAAAACCCAACAACAAAACAAAUCCAAAUAUAGUCAUGUCUCAAGUUGUAAAAAAAAAAAUGGAGAAUGCAGUACCUGUAGAUAAUUUGAUACAAAACUGAAACCUCUAAUACAAAAUUUAUGCCCUAUCACCAGGUGGCUGGUAUGGUUAAGCAGUUGGAAGCAUUACUGUGUUGUGGAAGUACCCUUGUGUAGGUAUGCACUUACUUCAAAUAGCCUCUGUUUAUACCUACAUAAGGAAAUUACCCUUGUAGUUCUAUUUUAAUAGCAUCUUAAUCUAAGGGUCCUGUUCGAACAUUGCACUCCUUUCCUAAUAAAGAAAUUACCGUAUUUUAAAGCUUCUGUCACUUUUUAACUAGUCAUUUUGAAGUAUCUUUAUGCUGUUAUCAGGACAAAUUGGUACUUCAGUCAUGAUGGAAAUGUUUGGGGGUUUUUUAAAUGAUAAAAUCAAUUUGGAGCUAGAACUUUUUUUUUCCCCAAUAAAACUUCUUUCUCUCAUCCUUUUUCUAAAAUGCAAAGUACUGAGCUCUUUUGAGUCUUGUCAUCUACUCAAUGAGAACACAGUAGGCUGCUCAGUUGAAAGCAGUGGUUUUUUUUCCAGUUCGUAACAUUACACUCAUGGCUUCAGCAGCCAUUGGGGAAAAUUUAAAUAUUGAAGGCACAAGGACUUCUCAUCUUUUAGCUCACAUUUUGUAGGUUCCAUUACUCCAAAUGAAAAAGAGGGUUUUUUUAAUUAUUCUGAUGCACAUUAUCUUGUCCCUCCUGUCAAAGCAGUACUAUAUAGGGCAGACUGGAGUUACGCUGUUGUUUUCCAAUUGUCAUCUCUAAAACAGCUUUAUUGGCUUACCCACACAGUAAAUCUCUUGUUACAGAUCUGAUGAACUAACCAACUUCUAACUGCCCUGUGAGACAAAAUGAGCUUUUUUUUUUUCCCAGCUACAGCCAGUGACAAUAUACAACUGUCAAAAGCUACUUUUCCACAAAUUAACAUCAUAUAUAUAUAUAUGUAUUAUUUAGAGAUGUCAAAAUGUACAUGAUUUUUGUAUAAUUGUUUUAUGGUGUUAUUAAAGUUUUGCCCACUGAGAA